AUGUCGACUUCAGGCGGCGGCUUUCUCGGCCGCUCGAGCAGCAGCAAUGCCAACAUGCGAGGGCUUGUUCAGUUCAUUGCUGACCUCCGAAACGCUCGCGCGCGCGAGCUGGAGGAGAAGAGAAUCAACAAGGAGCUUGCCAACAUCCGACAAAAGUUCAAGGACGGCAACCUCAACGGUUAUCAUCGCAAGAAAUAUGUUUGCAAGCUACUAUACAUUUACAUACUGGGCUGGAAUGUCGACUUUGGUCACCUCGAGGCUGUCAACCUGAUCUCGGCCAACAAAUACUCGGAGAAGCAGAUAGGUAUAAGGAAGGAUCUCUUGGACCAAAACGAGCUGUACAACUGUCUGGCAUUACACGCCAUUGCCAACGUGGGUAGCCGAGAGAUGGGAGAGGCCUUGAGCAACGAGGUACACAGGUUGCUCAUCUCGCCGACGUCCAAGUCCUUUGUCAAGAAAAAGUCAGCAUUGACCCUGUUGCGACUGUACCGAAAGCACCCCGAUAUUGUCUCACCACAGUGGGCGGAGAGACUGGUCCAUCUAAUGGACGAUGUUGAUCUCGGCGUUGCGCUCUCAGUGACAUCGCUGGUCAUGACGCUGGCCCAGGACAACUUGGAGCAAUACAAGGGCGCGUAUGCCAAGGCUGCCACGAGGCUGAAGCGCAUCAUCAUCGAUGGCGAAUACACAACCGACUACCUUUAUUACAAGGUGCCCUGCCCCUGGCUCCAAGUCAAGCUGUUGCGACUCUUGCAGUACUUCCCGCCUUCGGAAGACAACCACGUGCGCGACAUGCUGCGCGAGGUGCUGGAGAAAAUCCUCAGUCUUGCCAUGGAAGGGAGCAAGAAUGUGCAGCAGAACAAUGCGCAGAAUGCCGUUCUGUUCGAGGCUAUUAACCUCAUCAUCCACCUGGACACGGAGACGAGACUGAUGAAGCAAAUCUCGUCGCGUUUGGGACGUUUCAUCCAGAGUAGGGAGACCAACGUACGAUACCUGGGUCUCGAAGCCAUGACGCACUUGGCUGCGCGUGCCGAAACUCUGGAUCCGAUCAAGCAGCACCAGGAUAUCAUCGUCGGCUCACUGAAGGAUCGCGACAUCAGUGUGCGUCGCAAGGGUCUCGACUUGUUGUACAGCAUGUGCGAUACUGACAAUGCGCAAAUCGUCGUGGCCGAGCUUUUGCAGUACCUUCAAAAUGCCGACUUUGCGAUCAGGGAGGAGAUGGUCCUGAAGAUUGCCAUUCUGACGGAGAAAUACGCCACGGACGUCCAGUGGUAUGUCGACAUUUCUCUGCGCUUGAUCGCCAUGGCAGGCGACCACGUAAGUGACGAGGUUUGGCAGCGCGUCAUUCAAAUCGUCACCAACAAUGAGGAGCUGCAAGUGUACGCCGCCCAGAACGCGCUGCAGUACUUAAAGUCCGACCACUGCCACGAGACACUUGUCAAGAUUGGCGCGUAUAUCCUCGGAGAAUUUGGACAUCUCAUUGCCGAUCAGCCCAAAUGCAGUCCGAUAGAGCAGUUUCUGGCGCUCCAAAGUAAGAUCGCGCCAUGCUCCUCCGGCACGCGAUCCAUGAUUCUGUCCUGCUUCAUCAAGUUUGUCAACCUGUUCCCCGAGAUCAAGCCCCAGCUCGUCGGCAUCUUUGAUCUCUACAGCCACACCCUUGACUCGGAGAUGCAACAGCGUGCCUGCGAAUACCUCGUCUUGGCCUCGCUGCCGACGGACGACCUGCUUCGAACAGUAUGCGACGAGAUGCCGCCUUUCCCGGAGCGGCAAUCUGCGCUCUUGUCACGUCUGCACCAGAAGCAAGGCGCUACGAGCGACAAGCGGACGUGGGUCAUUGGCGGCAAGGAUGCGAACAGCGACAGGACGGAGUUGAAGAUGGCCUCGCCCAGUGCGUUGAAGCGGACGUUUAGUUCUGGCAACCCCUCCAACAGGGGCUCCAACGGAGCAAACGGUGCCUCUGACUUGGCAGGCCUGGACAUGAAUGCGUCUGGGCGCUCGGAACCAAAGGCGCUCAAUGUGCCCAAUUUGGCGAGCGCUGCGCAUCUGUCCCCCGGCUGGGAGAAGGGGUACAACCGCCUGCUUGUGCGCACGGACGGUGUGCUUUACGAAGACGGUCAGAUCCAGAUCGGUGUGCGAUCGGAAUACCGGGGCCAGAUGGCCUGUCUAAUUGUUUACUUCAAGAACAAGAUCCCCACAACACUGGGCUCCUUUACGACUACAUUGGAUUUGGACGAGAGCGAGAAGACGAAGCUCACGUGGGAAACCAAGUCCUUGCCGGACAGCCAAAUUCCGGAAGCGGCUCAGUCUCAGCAGGUGAUCAUGUUCGAGGCGAAGCACGUCUUCGCCAGGAGCCCAACUAUGCGCGUCAGCUACCUGGCGGGUGCCCUACAAGCUCUGACUCUGAAGCUGCCUGUGGCCAUCCACAAGUUCAUGGACCCAGCAGAUCUGUCGGCAGAAGACUUCUUCAAGCGGUGGAAGCAGAUUGGCGGCGCUCCCCGUGAGGCACAGGCCAUCUUCGGCAUCACUGGCAACAACCGACAGAUUAGCCCGGACUUUGUGACAAACACGGUCAAUGGCUUUAGGUGGCGGAUCCUGGACAUGGUGGACCCCAAUCCUAGGAAUAUUGUAGGCGCCAGCGUCCUACACACGUCAGGGGGCGGCAAGUUUGGGUGCUUGAUGAGACUCGAGCCAAACUACGAUAGCCAGAUGAUUCGCCUGACUAUCCGCGCCACGGAUGACUCGGUAGCUCCCAUUCUCUUGUCCCUCGUUCAGGAGCGCCUCAGCGUGGGCUUCCCGACCGUGUCCGAGCGCGGGGCCAACGCACCUUCGGAGGACCAAAUGCUGGAUGCAUUUGGCAAUGUGUUGGUCAUGUAA